AGUCUGAGCCACUGACCGCCGCUCUCUCUUCAUUGCAUACUGUAGAUGAACUGAGAGAAAUGACAAUGGUUUGCAAAUUUCUUCUUUUUGAGUCGUGCUUUCUAUCUGUGUCCUGUUCGUGGAUGAUUCCCAGAUUAACGCUGCGACAAGAUGAUUCACCUCUCCAGCAAAUCUAUAGCAAAAAUGUAAGCUACACAGUCUUCUGCCUUGGAAAUGGGUCCGAGAAGCUGUUCAUAGGGACCCUGAACCGUGUGCUAGAGCUGCACAAUGAUCGUGUAGUAAAGAACUUCACUUUGCCAAAAAUAGGAGGUGAUCAUGAGAGCAUUCAUGAAUAUGUCAUAACUGUAAUUGAAGAAUUCCAGGAUUGGCUUAUUGUUUGCGGUACAAAUGGACAUAAACCAAAGUGCUGGAAGAUGGAUGUCAGAACAAAUGAUAGCUCUGCUGUGGUUGUGGAAAGUUUUUCUGGCAGUGGCAUUUCACCUUCCAUAUACUCUCAAAACUCUCUGUCUCUUGUAGUAGAUAGAGAUCUUUAUGCUGCAGCUCCACUUUAUUCAGAUGGAACAUCACUACAGUUCCGCAGGCUAGCUGGCAGCCAAAUCAAAUUAUGGAUGAAUGGUCCAUGGCUUACAGAACCAACAUUUAUCUCAGCUUUUGUGGCCAGCAGACCUGAGGACCCAAUGAAUGAGAAAAUAUAUCUUCUAUUUCGAGAGAGAAACUCAGACGACAGUCCAGAAGCUGACCCCUGGAUCUCUAGAGUGGCCAGAGUAUGCAAGACUGACCAAGGAGGGCCCAAGAGUAUUCUUCAGAACAUUUGGACAUCUUUUCUAAAGGCUCGCCUUGUGUGUGCAAUUCCUGGAGAGUCACUGUACUUCAAUCGUCUGCAGGACAUCUUCGUGCUACACUCUAAUAAUUGGAAACAAUCUCUGGUCUAUGCUCUUUUUUCAAGCAGCUGGAAUGCUACGGCUGUUUGCAUAUACUCCUUGGCGGAGCUUGAUGAUAUUUUUGAGAACUCCAGCUUCAAAGGAUACGAUGACGAUAUUCCCAACCCAAGGCCAGGAACUUGUGUGAGGGACAGUAGGUCUCUGCCCAUCCAAACUAUCCGUAUUACUAAAAACCACCCAGAGAUGACCGAAUGGGUGCAUCCCAUACAGAAAGAUACUCCUCUCUACAUAAGCAAUAACCAAAUUUACACCAAAAUUGCAGUGGAUAGAGUACAGACUUCAGAAAAAAUGUAUAAUGUGUUGCUGCUUGCCACAGAUACUGGAACAAUCCAUAAGAUACUGGAACAUAAUUCCAAAACCUUUAUAAUUUCUGAGACAAGUCUUUGCCAUGGGCCUGCUCCUGUUCUGUCUAUGAAACUACAUUCUGAAAAGAGAAAGUUGUUUGUUGGAUAUCCUGGGCAAAUGUCUGUCUUAGACCUCCAGAGGUGUCAGGACUAUAAUACCUCCUGUGAAGACUGUGUUCUUGCCAGGGACCCAUACUGUGCUUGGACUGAAAAUGGAUGUACUUCACAAACUGAACGUGGGAUUCAAAAUAUUGCCACUGGUGUGCCACACAUAUGUUCUACAAAUUCAGCUCCAAAGAGACGCAAACGGGAUGUAUCAUCUUCAUUUUCGACCACUCCAAUUGUGCACAUUGUGCCCAAGGGCCUUCCCUUCUACCUUUCCUGCCCCAUUGACUCCCACCAUGCCACCUACAGCUGGGAGCACAGGGAUGAAAGUAAAUCAUGCCAGAAAACAAAGUCUGAUUGCCUCUAUCUAAUACCAGCUAUUAAUACACAUGACUACGGAAACUACAGUUGUGUGUCAAGGGAGCGUAACUAUAAAAAAAUUGUAAAAGUAUAUCAGUUGCAUGGUCCUUCUGAGCCACGGUCCCCAAACAGAGCCUUAAAACUCACAGUUCAGAAACAAUGGCUGUUUGCUAUAUUCACUGGACUUCUUUUCAUUGUACACUAAUCUGGGCAGAUUGUCCAUUUCUGUCCAGCUUAUUUCCCUUUUUGACUUUUUGGAAUGCAAUAUUUUAUACAGUGGGUUGAAAAGGAAAACCAGUGUGACCACUACCCUAAAACGUAGGGAAAACAGACAAUUGUGUACGUCAGCAAGUGUGCUGGGUCAUGGUAAUACAAGUGACGUGGAUGGACACCUGGGACUAUCCUGUAUUCGUGCUUGCCUUCAUUCUAUGGUUAAAACAAGGCAAGGAAGCAGCUUACAAUUAGGUGUGGUCUAAAACAGUAUAACCGGGAGGUUCAAGCAUUGUGAGAUCACUUGUUAAAUAAAAGGUGGAUUAUUGAAUGACGCCUUCCCUGGGAAAAUAUAAUAUUAUUUCUUGUCUCCAUGGUUGGUACCCCACCCAAGCCUAAUGGUAGGUAAAGUCAGCUUUUUCGGUAUGAUGUCUUCUAAAUAGGUGGAUGGUUAAAAAGAAAAAGGUUUACUGUAAGUUAACACAGCUAACUGACCUCAAAAUUGCUACUACUGUAAGUUAAGUUAACCCUUUAUUUGACAUAUACAUUACUGCACCAUAAAAGUCUUUGUUUGCAUAUCCCAGCUUGGUGGCUGUGUCAGAGCGCAGGCUCAGCCAUGAUACCGUGCUCCUGGAGCAGACAGGGAACUACGGCUUGAACCGCUGACCUUCUAAUCAGUAACUCAGUUCCGUAACUCACUAUUCACUUUCUAUAUAGCUUAAAAAAUAUUUAUUUAUUUAUUUUCCAAGACAAGAAUAAAAAUACCAGGAAACACAAGACUGUUAUGAAUUAAUCGACUGAUACAAGUGCAGGCCAGCCCUUACUGAUGUUUUCACUCAUGCAAUUCACAAACCACGCAAAAAGACUAUACACAGGAUCAAUAUACACAGGAAAUGACUUACUUUGCAAUUGGAAGAGUAGAUGAGAGUUCCUGUAUACUGUGUGACUGAGGGUGGAGUGGUGAUGGUUAAGACUUAGUAAUCAUUAGUCAGAUUGUGUAGUUUUCUGUGGCUCUAUUUGUAGUCUAUAAUGUAUUGUCAUUUGGAGUUUGUUCUGGCACAAUCCUGACACAUGCCUACACUCCUGAAGUUAUGAUUGUCAAUAUUUAUAAUGAUAGUGUUCUGUAAAAUUAUUUGGUAUUUUACAAAGAAGAGCAUCCAUAGACAACACUAGAGCAAAAAAUCUGGUUUAUGAAAGGAUUUUACAACUUGCAAUUGCUAAGUGGUGUGUGUGUGUGCGUGUGUGUGUGUGUUCGUGUGUUCGCGUGUGUUGUGUGGGACAAAAAUGAUAGGUGUAGCCAUGAAGUAGCUUUUUAUGCAUUGUAUUGUAUUAUAAGUCAGUGGUGGUGUAGUGGUUAGCACUGUUGCCUUGCAGCUCCUGGGUUGACAGCUCGAGUUCCGGAUAGGGUCUAUGUGUGUUGAUUUUGGCAGUUCUACCUGUGCUUGGUGGCUUUUCUCUGGGUACUCUGGUUUACAUCCACAGUCCAAAUACCAGUUGCUGUUUUCAAAUGCCCCCUUAAAGUGCGAGUGUGCAUACAAACCAGUGUGUACCAUGCAUGGUAACUCAAAUCCCUUGGGCUUUCUGUGACCCAGGACAGGGUAAGCAGUUUAGUUGUUAUGUUGGAACUGAUCUAAAGCCUUCUAAAUAUAAAUAGCCUGCUAUAGAAGGCAAGAUGUAUUGAGAAACCAUAACACUUAGAUUCAUGCACGUUAUCUUUAAUCCAGUAUGUGCUGAAUUUUGUAGAUGUUUAGUUUCUCAUAUUGAAUACUUAAUUCUUUGCACUAAACCUGAGACAAAGAUGUGACCCUUGGACCAAGAUAGGGUUUUUGCCUAACGCUCAUCUUUUUCUUACUCCCCCUUGUGUGCCCGUAAUGUGCAUUUCUAAUUGAUGCAGCUGCUAUUUAAAAAAUGGAAAAAAAAAAAAAAAAGCUGAGUGUCCUCUUUUGCUAAGUGCUUCAAGCUUUGUUGGUUUUAGUACGUCAGCCGGUCUUUAAUUAUCACACUAAUUAAAAAGCACAGCAUAGCAGGGGGAAGUGGUGGUAAACAAGAUAGAGAACAAUACUGAAGAUGCAAUACCUUCUCUUGGUAUAAAGAAGUAGAAAGUUAGAAAUGUAUGUAAGGUGAUGUGAUUUGCGAUGUAACUAAUAUGAGAUAUCAUAUGUAGGUGUUGUUAUGAGCAAACCACGAAAGUAGAAUGAUUUAAGUGAACAAUCCAUAAGAUCUGUAUGUUGAGCAAUUAGUUAAAGUGGUGUUUUUCUAAAUAGGACAAUCUCAGAAGUUAUUUGUCUGGACAGGAAGUAGGUGUUGCCCAUCUGGUCAUAGACUAAGUGGGCUUUGUUGACCAGCCCAAAUGGUAAUGGAGCAUAGAGGAAAAGGUGUGGUGUUAAAAUAAUUAUUCUGUUUCAUUAAUUAUUCUGUGGCCUACACAAAGACUGUACAUACUAACAAUAAUCUACUGGGCAGUGAAUUUUGCUUUUGAGUUUUGAGUUUGUCAGUUUAUAUGAUAACAUUUAACUUAAUUUAUUUUUAAUUAUAACAUCUAUUUAUGCAUCAAGUAAACUUAUGUAUAUUUUUUUAUAAGAAUUUGUUAUUAAAGAUGUACUCUGGUCACUAAAUGAAUAAAAAGCUGAUUUAU